AUGUGUCUCACAGACGAGCGCAAGUUCCCCUUCUUCUCCCUUCCAGCAGAGGUGAGAUGUAUGGUUUACCGCGCAAUCCUGACCAUGACCAGCACCAUCACCAGAUCCACCAAAGAGCAUCUCAAAAAUGACGAGCAACCCACGCAAGCCUCCCAGCAGCUCGAACAAAUAACGAAUUUCAACAACCUUGCCUGUUCCUGCAAACAAAUCCGCAGCGAGCUAUUCUACGAGCACGUCGCCUACGUCCUUCCUCUCACGCAGGUCCAUCUAGGCAGCGCCUAUCGCACCCCCACACCUUCAGCCCUAGCCUUAACCCACAAUAAGAUUCUCCAACAGCUACAGUUCUCUACUUUCCUCACGCAGCACAUCUACCACCAACUCACGAGCACAAGCGCGAGCGGGCCAGUGCUGUCGGGUUCAGGCCCGGGUGUGGCCGAGGAGGCCGAGGAGGAGGCCGAGGAGUGGAACGAUAGUGACAAUGACAGUGACGAGGGCUACUAUGAAUUCGCGCACUUCUUUUGCAGUUUCUGCUGGGAAGAUCUAAUGACGCUGCCGCCGACUCUCGAGAAGGAGGCCACGGAGUGGUAUCAGAGGAGAAGAGUCGAAGAGGAGCAGUAUGAGAGGACUGGGAUUUGGGAGAAGAUGGAAGAGGAGUAUAAGGGUGGCGAUGAGAGUAAGGGCAGCUGCGACUGCGCCAGGGAUAGGGAUGUGGUUCAACGUGGGAAUCACCCUGGGGGCCUUCGUUGGCUGUUGAAACUGCAGCAGCUGACGAGUUUGGAGUUGGUGUUUACCGACGCUCGGUACAAUGCUAUGCAACGGUUUACCAGGAGCGGGUUUGCGCUGCCGGUCCCGGCUGAGGAGGACUCGGAUGAUGAGGAGGAUGGAGGCAAUGACGAAUUCAUGGACUGGUUCUGCCUCGAUUGCUGGGAACUACUAAUGGGCUUGCCGCACACUUUGGAAAAAGUAGUUUUCAAGGUGUGGCGUGGCGCCGAUGAGAACGGCGAGGCUGCUGUCCCUGUUGUCAGAGAGACCUGGGAGGUGAUGAAGUGGUUUCGGAGGAUGAAGGUUCUGGAAGAGAGAUAUCAGAGGAGACUGCAUUUGAAUGUUAAAGAUGGAGUGGAAGAUGCGGUGGUGGUGGUGGAAGAGGAAGUGGACGGAACCGCCAACGUACCACAUUGA